AUGGCAAAUUCUAUGCAGUUCACAGAUGGAAGAAUGACGGGGAAUUUUUUGGACGAAACGACAGGCAAGGUGAACUACGCGAGUCUUAGAUCAUCAGAAGAAUACAGAGCCUACUGUGCGAUGGCGGGACAGCUCCGUGCAGUCGACGUCGAGAAACUGGAAGAGAAGGAAAAGCUGGCGUUCUUUAUCAACGUCUACAACGCCCUGACGGUGCACGCCCUCACGGAGAUCCUGGGCGAGAGGACCAUCGAGACCGCCCUCGACGUCCCCGCCUUCUGGAGCAGCCACGCCUACCGGGUCGGCCUCUUCGUCUGCUCUCUGGACGACAUCGAGCACGGGGUUCUUAGAGUGAACAAGCCCACCCUAGCACCGGCCGACCGUCAUGUCCAAGGACGACCCAGACUCAAGUACCAGGUGUCGACACUUUGA